GCCGCUCCCUCCCUUCUUUCCUCGCUCCGCUCCUCCAUCCCAGGCUGCGGCGGAUGAACAGGAGACGCCCUGCUCUCUGAUCUGGAGACCACCACCUCACACAUGCCAAGGUCAGGGGCUCCCAAAGAGCGCCCUGCGGAGCCUCUCACCCCUCCCCCACCCUAUGGCCACCAGUCACAGACAGGAUCUGGGGAGUCUUCAGGAGCCUCGGGGGACAAGGACCACCUGUACAGCACGGUAUGCAAGCCUCGGUCCCCAAAGCCUGCAGCCCCGGCGGCCCCUCCAUUCUCCUCUUCCAGUGGUGUCUUGGGUACUGGACUCUGUGAGCUAGAUCGGUUGCUUCAGGAACUUAAUGCCACCCAGUUCAACAUCACAGAUGAAAUCAUGUCCCAGUUCCCAUCUAGCAAGGUGGCUUCAGGAGAGCAGAAGGAAGACCAGUCUGAAGACAAGAAAAGACCCAGCCUCCCUUCCAGCCCGUCUCCUGGCCUCCCAAAGCCUUCUGCCACCUCGGCCACUCUGGAGUUGGAUAGACUGAUGGCCUCACUCUCUGACUUCCGCGUUCAGAACCACCUUCCAGCCUCUGGGCCAACCCAGCCACCAGUGGCGAGCUCCACGAAUGAGGGCUCCCCAUCCCCACCAGAGCCGACUGGCAAGGGCAGCCUAGACACCAUGCUGGGGCUGCUGCAGUCUGACCUCAGCCGCCGGGGCGUUCCCACCCAGGCCAAGGGCCUCUGCGGCUCCUGCAAUAAACCUAUUGCUGGACAAGUGGUGACGGCUCUGGGCCGCGCCUGGCACCCAGAGCACUUCGUUUGCGGAGGCUGUUCCACCGCCCUGGGAGGGAGCAGCUUCUUCGAGAAGGAUGGAGCCCCCUUUUGCCCUGAGUGCUACUUCGAGCGCUUCUCCCCAAGAUGUGGCUUCUGCAACCAACCCAUCCGACACAAGAUGGUGACCGCCUUGGGCACCCACUGGCACCCAGAGCAUUUCUGCUGCGUCAGUUGCGGGGAGCCUUUCGGAGAUGAGGGUUUCCACGAGCGCGAGGGCCGCCCCUACUGCCGCCGGGACUUCCUGCAGCUCUUCGCCCCGCGCUGCCAGGGCUGCCAGGGCCCCAUCCUGGAUAACUACAUCUCGGCGCUCAGCGCGCUCUGGCACCCAGACUGCUUCGUCUGCCGGGAAUGCUUCGCUCCUUUCUCGGGAGGCAGCUUUUUCGAGCACGAGGGCCGUCCACUGUGCGAGAACCACUUCCACGCACGGCGUGGCUCGCUGUGCGCCACCUGUGGCCUCCCCGUGACCGGCCGCUGCGUGUCGGCUCUGGGCCGCCGCUUCCACCCGGACCACUUCACAUGCACCUUCUGCCUGCGCCCGCUCACCAAGGGCUCGUUCCAGGAGCGCGCCGGCAAGCCCUACUGCCAGCCCUGCUUCCUGAAGCUCUUCGGCUGACAGCCCGCCCGGCUCGCCCCCUCCCCAGGAGGCCGCGCCCUCCCGGAAAAGCCAGGUCCUCCAGACCCCGCGGCCUUGAUCUCCGAUCGUGAGGCCCCACUCAAUGGAGAGCCCCGUCCCUAGGGUACCCUGAGUCCUCAGGGGGUCAAGUUCUGAAAAGGCCCAGCCAGACCUAAACCCACACGCCCCCAAAGUGGUUCGCACACAGAGAGCUCCUGCGCGAGCCUCCAUUCUAUUCCCACCCUUGAGGGAGCCCCCGGACUAGGGGAAAGUCCUUGCAAUUCCAGCGAAUCCGAGGCCAGGCCAGGAAGUCCUUGCUCCCUGUACCCUCACUGUUCUGUGCACUUUUUCUACCUACAUAAACACACCCAUUCCACGUC